CUUGUGUUCAAUCCCAGUGGGCUUCAAUGACUGCACAAACCGCACAAGAUUUCUUUUCAUCAGUAAUGACAGACGUUUCAUGGUCCAUCCAGAUGGGAUAUUGAUGGUAAAGAGAAUGGUUGCUCUUCUGGAAGGACACCAGGACUUCUUUAUCCACUCCUGGAACUUGCACGGUCAAAAAAUUACUGUUCCAGUCACAGUCGUGCACUAUGGACAAAAUGAUGGUCAUCACCAUGGACAUCACACAGGGGAAAACCAUGGGCAUCACCAGCAAAAUGUUGAGCAUCACCUCGGAGAGCACAGACACCACAACAAUCAGCACCACUUGAAUGAAGUGGACUCUGCUAACAAUACAGAGAAUGCAACCACCCCAGAGGUGCCUGUUCUGAAUUUCCCCAAGUCUGGUGAUGGAUUGAGGAGGAGGAGGAGCGACUGGGUUAUUCCUGACAUCUAUGUUCCUGAAAAUAACAAAGGACCCUAUCCUCUUAAAGUAGCUCAGAUCCGUUCUAGUGAAGAUAAAGUGAAGACGAUAUCUUACAGCAUCACUGGUCCAGGAGCUAAUGAGCCUCCCCUUGGCCUUUUCACAAUGGACAGGCUCACUGGUACUUUGUAUCUGACACAGCCUCUGGACAGAGAGAAGGUGGACAGGUACACGUUUAAAGCACAUGUUGCGGUAGAUGGGUCACUAAAUGCUGAGCAGCCGAUGGAUAUUAUGGUGAUUGUAAUAGACCAGAAUGACAACAAACCUGUUUUUGAUCAAGAUACAUUUCUGGGAGAAGUUCCUGAAUCCUCACCAACAGGUUUUGAGGUGAUAACGGUUGUGGCCAUAGAUCUUGACGAGCCGGGUAAUGCCAAUUCGGAUGUUCGUUACCGUAUUCUGAGCCAGGAUCCAAAGUUCCCCAGUGGCCCACUGUUUGAGAUCAACCCAAACACUGGAGCAAUCAGAGUCAAUGCCCGUGGGCUAGACAGAGAGAAAUACCCAAAGCACACUCUGGUGAUAGAGGCAGCAGACAUGGAGGGAAACGGGUUGACUGGAAAUGCCACAGUAAUCAUCACUGUAACAGACAGCAAUGACAACCCUCCAGCUUUCACUCAGUCCUCUUAUGAGGCAACAGUACCAGAAAACAGAGUGGACGCUCUGGUCAUUACGAUGGCAGUAACAGAUGGUGAUGAGCCACAUUCACCAGCCUGGAACACCAAAUUCAAGAUUGUUGAUGGUGAUCCUGGAGGCCUGUUCACAGUCACAACAGGAAGUAACAAACACGAAGGGAUCAUUACUACUGCCAAGGGUCUUGACUUUGAAAUGAUCAGCAAGCACACUCUGUUGGUUGCAGUGGAGAAUGACAUUCCAUUUGUUACUCCACUGCCCACUGCCACAGCCACAGUGGUGGUGAACGUGCAGGAUGUCAACGAAGCUCCAGUCUUUGAUCCAGUUGAAAAGUUUGUGUCCAAACCGGAGAACCUUCCUGUUGACGGUGACGUGGUGCAGUACACUGCUUCUGACCCCGACAUUACACGCAAACAGAAAGUCAUGUAUAAAAUAAUCAGCGACCCUGCGGGCUGGCUGAACGUGGCCAAGGACACAGGCCUGAUUAAGGUGAAAAGCAUCAUGGACAGAGAGUCGCACUUUGUCAAGGACAGCAAAUACACAGCACUCAUUGGUGCAUACGACAAUGAUGACGUCCCGGCCACAGGAACUGGUACUCUGAUUAUACAGCUUGAAGACGUCAAUGACAAUGCACCCAUAAUUGAGGAACGUACAAUAAAGGUGUGUUACAAGGAAUCGGCUCCUCAGCUGCUUUCAGUAACAGAUAAAGAUGGACCUGGCUUUGCUGCUCCAUACAGUGUCUCUUUACAGGGCAUGUCCAAGACCAACUGGACCGCUCGGAUGAAUGAUUCCAAAACGGGCAUCAUACUUAAUUUAGGCACUGAGCUGGAAAGUGGAGAAUACACUGUGGUCCUGAGGGUUACAGACAACGAUGGCAUGGAGCAGGACAACACCGUCCAGGCCACAGUGUGUGACUGCACAGGUGAAAUCGUGUCCUGUUCAGGGGGAAUUGCCGGUGGGAGCAGCCUGCCCAUGAUUCUUGGAAUACUGGGAGGCAUCCUGUUGCUGCUCAUGCUGCUGCUGCUGCAAGUGUUGCUGCUGCGGCUGAUGGUUGAGAGAUGGAGAGGAUAGAAGCUUCUCAUGAAUCUUAUUUGAUUUGCUGCGAUUGUCCUCCUCCCCAAUUGUCUCCAGUCUCCAUAUUGAGCCCAGCUGAGUCCACUUUUCAUCUCAUUCAAAUCCUCUCCCCAUCUCCAUUCUCUUCCAACCAUCAACCACCACCAGUGUCUAGACUUUGUAUACUAUGCUCAGCUUCACACCCUUUCUAUCAUGAUGAAAUCCUGAGUUUCCUGACAUCACUGAAUGCAAUCCCAAUGACAGUGAGUCAUGUGAAUUUUUGUAUCCAUACUCAUUUAUUUGGGGUUUUCACAUUUGAAGAUAUCAUCUUAAGGUAUGGGAAAAUACAAGUUAUUUUUUUACACUUCUCUAACAUUUGAUAGGCACAAAAUUCCACAUGUAACAAAACUGGACAGAUUAAAAACAUGAAGCAGAGGACAGCAGCUCCAGCAGUCAACAGAUUUAUCAUCAGAAUGUCAAGUUAUGGACCAUAUCCAUAACUGCUUUCAGUAGUGUAGUGCAGAGUAUACGCAGAUAUAUGGCAUCUAUACCCACGUACUUCUCAAUCAGCAUAGAGUAUAUCCACUUCUAAAUUGCCUGUGGUUCAUUAGUGUCCUGCAAUACAUAGUUUUCCUAGCACAGCGAAAACAUCACCCGCCUUACUCUGCCUCUGAUUUGUAAGCUAGCCUGCAUUUGUUUUUUUGCAAAUGUAAAGUACAUACAGAGUAUUCUCACCUUGGGUAUUCAAACCACAUAUCUGCCAUACUAAUCCCAGCAUACAGACAAAUUAUGGAGUUUUGUAGAUAAAUUCUGGCCAGAGGAGGCUGUUUUAGCAGAUGGCUUGAACUGGAGGAGCACAUAUGCUGCAUCCAGAAGCAUAUCUCAAAGUAAUAGGAAAUAAUCUGUCACUUCAGUGCCAGUGAAGCAAAACAGAAUUAUGCACCAAGAAUCAACUGUCUUCAAAGACAGCCGACACAUGUUGCUUGUGGAAGAGCAUCCAGGUCAUCACAAACUAUUGGGUCUAAACAUAAUAUCACACUGUUCAGUCUCCAUGAAACCAAAUGAUCUGUGCAAGAAUGAACAGGUUCAUUUGAGUUGAUAUCAGUAUGUUAGUCUUGAUCAGUUGAGUCAUCAGCAUUGUGUGAUUCAGGCUAAUUCAGGCUCCAUAAAUCCUCUUUCCUUUUUAAAGCGCUUCUUGGACACAUUUGACUGAGGGUGAAACACCAGCUUGUAGUUUCCACCUGUUAUCCCCUCCCUCUAUGCCAGAGCCCUCUGCUGUCAACAGCCUCUUCACGUCACACUCACCUGACACUGUAAAACCUUCUGUGUGUGUGGUUCUUUGAUUGCGUAUGUCUAAAUGUUUAUGCUUUUGAAUAGUUUCCACUCCCACUGCUGCAGUAGCUUUGUCCACAACACAGCAGCUCUUUUCUCUGCUUCAGCUCGAGGCCUCAGAAAACAAUUUUAUUAAUUGAUUUUUGACAUUGCACAAAUGCAAUAUUGCUUGUGACAUUAGUGACUACUUGAUAGACAUUUUUUGUGAUUUUUUUGGUUUAAGAUGUUGCCCUCUUAUACAUUUAGUAAUGUGUUCUAUAAAUAAAAAAUGUUAUUAUUA